AUGUCCCUUUUUUUCAAAACGCCUUUGGAGAUCGAGAUCAGGUUGGAGAAUGAAGAAAGCCGGAAGCACGCGGAGAUCAAGAACCCACAUGGACGAAUUGAUAAGCUACCAAUUUACUCAGACGGUGAAUCGGUGAAGGGGGUUGUCACCUUGUACACAAAGGAAGGCAAGAGGGUCGAACACCAGGGGGUAAAGGUACAACUUUUGGGCUCAAUAGAGACCAAUAACGACGGGUUGUCGUCCUCAAACUUCUUAUCCUUGGCUACUGAGCUAGCGGCACCGGGCCAACUAGUUCACUCUGAGUCGUAUCCUUUCGAGUUCAAGAACGUUGAAAAGCAAUAUGAAAGCUACCGGGGAAAAAACGCCAGACUAAGGUAUUUCGUAAGGGUUACAGUUUUGAGAAAGUCGAAUGCUGAAAUCAAUAGGGAAAAGGAGCUCUGGGUUUAUCAAUAUACUAGCACACCAGCUAAUGAGGAGGUGGCCAAGUCAGAUGCAGUGCGCAGUUCAAUGCAAGCAGCUCCCAAAAAGAAGGACACUAAUGGCGUCAAGAUGGAUGUAGGUAUAGAAGACUGCUUGCACAUUGAAUUCGAAUACUCAAAGUCGCGCUUCUCGUUGAAGGAUGUGAUUAUUGGGAGAAUAUACUUUUUGCUUGUAAGGUUGAAAAUAAAGCAUAUGGAAUUGUCGUUAAUAAAGCGGGAGACUAUUGGUUCUGGUCCGAAACAAGUGACCGAUAGUGAGACGGUGGUUAGAUUUGAAAUUAUGGACGGGGCACCUGUGAAGGGAGAAACAAUUCCAAUUCGACUUUUUUUGAGUGGGUUUGACCUUACUCCAACUUAUAAAGAUGUGAACAAAAAGUUUUCGGUUAGGACAUAUCUUUCAUUGGUUUUAAUAGAUGAGGAUGCAAGGAGGUAUUUCAAGCAAAGCGAGAUAAUUCUCUCUCGUGAUGUGUAA